GCUGCAACCGUGCCGGAAGUAAGACUUGUGGAGGUCAAGUCAAAUCUCAGGAGUAAAAUAAAGCAGUUCCCUCGCUCACAAUGGUGAAAAAGAAGCGCUUGAGGCUGAUUGCCGAGAUGGCUCGGAAAAUCCGGGCUUACAGAGAGCUGAAAAAUCGUCCCCGGGACUCGCAGCGCUACGCUUUGGACUAUGAGACGAUGACACGAUCUCUCACCGGUAAGAAGCUGCCGGUGCUGGCCUGGCAGGAUGUGAGCAGGGAGACGCCACUGUUCAGGCUGCUGUCUGGCAUGCGCAUGUUCGGUGUUGGACGACUGUUUACGCGCAAGUCGUGGCUGGAGGAGAACACAGAGCCCUGCUACUGGAAGAUUACUAAAGUCAAAGUGGAUUACACAGCAGAGAAUAUGGAUCACGGUAAAGCUUGGGGCAUUUUAACAUUUAUAGGUAAAGCCGAGGCAUCUGAGAAGGAGGUGGACAAGGUCAUGUAUCAUGACUGGCGCUUGGUACCCAAACACGAAGAGGAGGCCUUUACACGGUUCGAACCUUUGCCCGAGCAGCCUGUCCAACACGUGCGCUACCCACCACUCUUACGUGCCAUGAUCUUGGCACAGCUUUCCAAGGAACUACGUGUUGAUGCCAGCACCUUGCCCGAACCCAGCCUCCCUUUGAAACGAGACGUGCUGCUCAGCAAAGAGUACUUCCGCAGCCAGGAACAGCAGAAACAGGAGGGAACGCCAGUGUAGUAACUGAGGAAGAUUCUUCUUAUGGAUAGACUUGUUGAAUGCCGUCCUUUACAUUGUCUAUAACAUGUAUGGGUUUAAGCUGUCUAGGUCAGGCUUUCUCAACCCAAAUACUGACAAUGAUUAUUUGGAGGGGGCUCAUUUCAAAAGUGUUGUAUAGCAUAUCAUCAGGUGUAGCUAUGUUUAUUAAAUUCUCAAUGCUCACAAAAACAACUACUAAUUGUCUUUCAGGAUCAUCACUAUUGUGGACAUUAAUUUGAAGUCGGACCACUAGCACUCAUGGAUGACUACGAGAUCAUUUAGAUCCUGUUGUUUUUUUUUAUUACUCUGUGUGGAUAAAGACGUGUAUUAUAUCAUUUAAUAUUUAUGAAUAAAUAAACUAUGUUCAGGCAAAA